CUCGUUUCGAUUAAUUUCGGUGUCCGGUGUGCGUGCAUAUAACAAGGCUGACGAAUCGAUAGUUCCGUUGCUUAAUUUUGUAAACAUAUUAAAAAAGUCUUUCACUGUCAAAUUUCGUAGUGGUCGGAUGGUGUUGGAAUUUUUAUUUCCAAAAUGGGUAAGGUUAAGUGCUCCGAGUUGCGCAAUAAGGACAAGAAGGAACUUUUCAAACAAUUAGAAGAGUUAAAGACAGAGUUGACAAACCUUCGAGUGGCCAAAGUUACUGGAGGAGUUGCUUCAAAACUGUCCAAGAUACGUGUGGUCAGGAAAGCUAUUGCACGUGUGUACAUUGUCUACCAUCAGAAGAUGAAGGUAAACCUGCGUAACCACUACAAGAACAAGAAGUACAAGCCUCUAGACCUCAGAGUCAAGAAGACCCGUGCAAUGCGCAAGGCGUUGACAAAACAUGAAUCUAAGAUCAAGACCAGGAAAGAGAUCAGAAAGAAAUCUCUAUUCCCACCUAGAGUCUAUGCUGUUAAGGCUUAAUUAAAAAAGUAAACUUAAA